CACCAACUGGGGCAAGUCGGACCAGGUCCUGUGCCGUUGCUAUAGCAACAACAUCGUAAGAUGCUACAGUGUGGUCUGUGCUCCCAACUUCUACUGGGGGAUGGGCGCGAGCACGUACGAAUGUCUGUGUCGACCUGGUCGACAGGAGCAGUGCACAGCUCAAGCUGAGUGCUUCAACAAGAAUGGAACAGACUACAGUGGCAAGAUGUCCACCACAAGGAGCGGGCGAACGUGCCAGCGUUGGGACACCCAGCUCCCCCACAAACACAGUAAAGCUCUGCUCACACAUAACUACUGCAGGAACCCAGGAGGAACCAAGGACGGGCCGUGGUGUUACACGAUGGACCCUAGCGUCCGCUGGGAGUACUGCAACAUCUCACAGUGUGGCAAGCUGUACUGCGAACCCAACCCCUGUAAAAACAAUGGAACGUGCCAGGAGUUUGGCAGUGCCUACACAUGCCAGUGUCCUGAUGGGUACGAGGGAGACCACUGUGAAAAACUGUCAGUCUGUAUACGGACGUCAGCUGGCCUUGAUCUUGUCUUCCUAUUGGACGGAUCCGGCUACGUGACGGAACCCAACUUCAAGGUCAUGAAGGAAUUUGUCAAGGGCAUUGCACAAAACUUCGUCGUCCAACCUGACACGACACACAUCGCAGUGGUACAGUACAGUAAUGUCGUGCGGAAAGAAUUUGCGCUCAACACGUACAGCAAGACGGCGGAUGUUGUUGCCGCCAUCGGAAGGAUCCAAUACAUGACGGGGGGGACAAACACGGGAGCAGGGCUGAAGUAUGUAGGGCAGUCGGUCUUCACGCAGAGUACGGGCGACAGGCCUCGCAAUCCAAACGUUCUGGUUGUGGUCACGGAUGGUAAGUCAUACGACAAUGUAGCAGAGGCCGCGAGGGAACUCCGCUCGCGAGGCAUCACCGUGUACGCCAUUGGAGUCGGCCGAGAUGUGGAUCAGUCCACCUUGCAGGCCAUCGCAGGGGGGAAGGGGAACAAGACUGUGAUGAUGACUGGCAGCUUUGACGGACUACAGGGUUUGAGUGGAGGGCUACAACAGUCCCUGUGCAUGGGAGAAGACGAGUGCCAGCCCACCAACCCCUGUAUGAACGGUGCCACCUGCCGUGACGGGGAGUACAGCUACACCUGCAGCUGUCCACCUGGCUACACCGGCAACAGGUGCCAGACAUGCACCUCAACUAAGACACCGGCCACCUGCAUUGCUUGGGGAGACCCCCACUACCUGACCUUCGAUGGCAGCCAUGUUGACUUCAUGAGCUCUUGCCGUUACACGCUGACUCGCGAUGCCGCAACCAACGGGACACUCUUCAACGUUGAGGUGGAAAACGAGAAAGGCGGCGUAACGGGAGUGUCGUACACCAAGGCGGUUCACGUGUUUGUGUAUGGACGCAAGAUAUCCUUGUACAAGGGCCCACGCGUGUUGGUGGAUGAACUGGAGUUUACGCCACCUGUCUCCCUACCCAUCAUGCCCCUGACCCCCUCGCUGCCCACGGGAGUGUACGUGGUGACCAAUGGCGCAGAAACGGUCGUCAAGUCCGACUUUGGUCUGGAGGUGUCCUACGAGUCACACGAGGUCCGAGUCACCCUCCCAGCCUGUUACAUGAACAAGACUGAAGGCAUCUGUGGGAACUACAACGGUCGCCCUGGUGAUGACCUCUUGACCCCAGCAGGCACCACUGCUUCUACUGAUGCAGCGCUGGGCAACAGCUGGCAAGUGAUGUCAUCAAGUAACAGGUGCACUCCUGCUACUAAACCAAACGUGACCAACUGCGGCACCCUGAGAGCGACGGUUUCUGCGUCCAACAAGUGCGGCAUGCUCAACGACACGUCAGGGCCGUUCAGUACCUGCCACGCCAAAGUCAACCCGUCAGAUUUCUUCUCCGCUUGCGUGUUCGACAUGUGUUCCUACGGUGGAAAUGACACACAGCUCUGCCAGAGUUUGGAGACGUAUGCACACGCUUGUCAGCGGGCCGGGGUGCAACUGACAUGGAGAUCUUCCAGUGUUUGUCGUAAGUCUGUCUGUUAA